AUGGAGGGCAUAGCCGCCUACUUGCCCCAGAUCUCUGUUAGUGCCUACCUUCUUUAUUCCGAUGAUGAAGAUGGCCAAGGCCCCUCCGCUGGUGAAGUAUGCGGCGUAUGCGGUGCCGAGAAGGCUGCAAUGCAUUACGGUGCUAUUGCAUGUGUUGGAUGUAAAGGAUUUUUUCGACGGGCGCUUAUGAAAGCCGAUCAACUCGAAUGUCAAGCAAACGGUAACUGCCCGAUACGAGCUGCUUGUCGACCUAAUCGAGAUUACACUGGUAGGCAAAAGAAAAAGGCAUUGGCAAUGCCGAAAGAGUCGGUAACCUGCUGUCUAUCACCGAAAAGUAAAGGCGAUUGGAUGAAAAAACUGACAGUCGAAAUGAGAACAUUGCUCAUGAAUUUGUUAAAUAUCGAAGCAAAAGUGAUGAAGGGAGACACGAACAUGGAUGCGUCACACUUGUACCCGCUUCGAGUGAAUACUUUACGAGAAAUAAUCGACGAUCCAAGCAAGCUGAAAGGUAAACGAUCAGAGAUGCGUUAUGAGCCGUUCCGGCUGGCGAAGAAUGAUGAACUUUCUUCGGUUGCCUAUCGCCGUCUCAUUGCUGCCAUUGACUGGGUCGAACAUCUGGCUAACUUAUUGGGAGGUUUGAGCGUCGAUGAUAAGGUACCCUUCAUCGCAUAA